AAGAAAUAUUCAAGCAGUAUAAUUCUUCCGAAAUUUUUGAGUCUGUCCAGCGGCAAGCUAUUGCAAUAAAUUGGAGCGCACUUCAGUCAAGUAGGACAAGAAUAGUGAUGUCGGAAUAUAAUAGCAAGAUUGAAGACAUUGUGGACGACAUUUCAUCUGCUGAAGAAGAUAGAUUUAGGUUGUUGAUCAUCGGCAAGACCGGAUGUGGCAAGACGACGAUACUGAGCAAGGUGUGUGGCGAGGAAGUGGCUGAUAAACCGAGUGAAUGCCGCGGCGUCCAUGAUAUCCAUAGAGAGAUGUCUUUCAAAGAUAAUCGUUUAUUUUUGGUUCACGACUCCGAAGGUUUUGAAGCAGGACGCAAACAUGAGUUCAAUGUUGUUCAAAAGUUUAUUGAGUCCCGAUCCCGCAAGGAAAAACUCAACGAGCGCUUACACGCCAUAUGGUAUUGCCUAGUAACGAGCUCGAGGGCAAUCCAACAAGCGGAAAAAAUGUUCUUCUCUGUACCGCGCGAUGUCCCUGUUGUGGCUAUCUUUACCAAGUUUGACAUAUUCGUACAAGACCAAUACGCGAGGUUAUUGCAAUCCGCUGGGGAGGCUGAUGAAGACGACAUGGAAGACGAGGACGACAUGGAAGAAAGGCUAAUGGCAGAAGCUCAGACAAGGGCAAUCGCAACGUUUGAAGAACGUUACAAAUCGGUACUGAUGCAGAUGCCUCACCCUCCGAAAGCCAUUGUGGCUGUAUCUGGUGUACACGAGUCUACUCCGAAAACCAGUCGUCUAGCGGAACUGG